GAUAGCCUUCCUCCUCUCCCGGGUUGAGAGCUUCAGCUCAGCUAUCCUUUGCGGAAGUUUCUCCAUCAGACACCUUUGUGGAGACUCAGCAUGCCUCUUGCUUGCUCACUCUUUGGCUUCAGAUUUUUUAUAGUUAAUUUUUCUUGUGAAAGUCCGCAGUGCUUGAAGCAGUUUUCGAAAUAGGCCUGGAAGGGAGCAAUGUGUAUAGCAGGCCCUGUGUCCUGGAUUAAUAUAGCUGCUGAGGGAAGAUGUGAAGAUGGCCUUCUGGGUAGUCCACAGAUGCUGUACUUUUAAUGCCUUAAGAACUGGAAUGAAAAUUGAGCAUGGCAUAACUAAGUACAAGUGUGGAAUUUAGCAAGUCCUUCAAAGAGGAAUGUAAAUAGAAAAAUGCAUUCUACAUUCUGACUUCAAAUGAAACAUGACUCAGCAAUAAAUUGUUGCUUGUAGAUACUCAGCAUGUCAAAUACUGUGUUUGGCUUUGGGGCCUUCACUGCAAGAAAGACCCUGAGGUACUGGAAUGGGUCCAAAGAAAGAUAGUGAGGCUGGUGAAGGGUUUGGAGCACAAGUCUUAUGAAAGGCAGCUGAGGGAACUGGAGUUGUUUAGCCUGAAGCAAAGGAGGCUUGAGGGGACCUUAUCACUCUACAGCUACCUGAAAGGAGGUAACAAGGUUGAAACUGUAGAACUUGGUCUUAAACGUGCAGUAAUGGGUAGAACUUACUUUGUUGAGGAAGCUAUUGGUCAGUAUCUUUCAAACCUCAGCACAAAAGUACAGCCUUAUGUCACUGGCCUGUUAAUAGGGCAGUGUUCCGUGCAAAAGGACUAUGUAAUUCAGGCUGUUCGAACGCCUUUGAAAGAAGAGCAGAAGGAAGACACCAAGCCUUCAAAACUGGCAUCCAUUGAUGAAGAAUGGAUAACUACACACGCCAGUCAGGUUUCUAGAAUGCUUCCUGGAGGCUUACUAGUUCUUGGUGUAUUUAUUAUUACAAGUCCAGAACUAUCAAAAGAUAGUCAAAAUGCUUUGCGCAAGCUAAUCUUCUCAGUGGAAAAGUCUUUGACUAAAAGAAGGCUCUGGAAACCUGCUGAGGAGGAAGUCUCAGAGAGAGCAGCUCUUCAGAUCUGUUCUGCUACAAAAAAAGUAGUUUGCCGAACCUAUGAUGUACAAGAUCCAAAGAGUUCAGCUAAACCAGCAGAUUGGAAAUAUCAGAGUGCUUUAUCUGCUUCCUGGUUAGCUUUGGACUGCACGGUAAAUGUUAAUAUUCACAUUCCACUUCUUGCUACUUCACCAAACCAUGACUUGGAGAAGAAUAUCAAGAAUGGAUUAAAUCGAUGGGCAAAACAGAUAGAAGACAGUGUUUUUCUGAUCAAUGGACAAGUUAAAGACGAUGAUGCAGAACUACUGGAAGGGCAGAAAAAGUCAAGAGGAAAUACUCAGUCCACCUCUCAGAUUUCUGAUGUCAAAGUUCUGACACAGCUGUCCCAGGGUUCAAGUCGUCGAUCAACAGCUACAGUCCAGGUCUGCAGUGGUUCCAUAAAUCUCAAAGGUGCUGUGAAAUGCAGAGCCUACACACAUAACAACAAACCAAAAGUUAAAGAAGCUAUUCAGGCUUUGAAAAGAGACAUAAUAAACACAUUGAGUGAUCGGUGUGAAAUACUAUUUGAAGAUUUGAUUAUAAAUGAAGGGCCUCCCAAAAAAGAUUUUGAGAGGGAAUACCAUGUCUUACCUCAAAGACUGUUUGUCCCUGUUGCUGGAUCCAGUGUGAUGCUCAGUGAUUAUAGGUUUGGUGAGGAAGCUGUUGGAGAAAUCCAGGAACGUUUUGUUGAAAUGUUGGAUCAGUCUGUGCAAGCUGAAGAUAUCCAUAUAGCAGAGGAAAUUAACACAGUUGGUAUUUGUCCAGUUACUGACAACAUGGAUGACACACAACAGAAACAACUGACAAAAGCAACAUUGCUCUUGAAACUUCAGCAAAAUAUGGGUGUGGUAAUAGCAGCUGCUGUUGCAGUCUUUGCAUCCAUCUUCUCUUUCAAUUACUUCAGUGAUUAAACUCAAGCAACCAGUGCUUUGUGGAUGGAAGUAUUGGCCAGUUACAAGAUGGAAGCAUUUGUGUUCAAUAUAUUGGUAACUAAGAAUUAUUGCCUAAAUAUCACCAGUUACAUGUGCAACAUAAAUCAUAAUGACAGGUUCAGUUACCUUGUGCCAGCAUGCAUACUACGUCAAGUAGAAUCACAUGGUUACAAUACAUUGCUGAAUGAUAGUAUUAUUUUCUAGAAGGAUCCCUUAAACAAUUUUUUCCUAUUUAUUCUUUUAAUGGAAAAUGCUGCUACUGUUUUUUCUCAGGCUAUUGGCAAGACUAGCAUCAUUACCUGGUAUGACAAUUCUUGCUUUAAGAGAUGCUUUGCUUAAAGAAAUCUCAUCUCAUUAAAGUUAAUUGGGGAACAAUUAAAUAUAAUGUAGCCAGCAUUUCACUAUAUGCAUUGUUUUCUGUAUUAUUGGCUAACUAGCAUAAUAGGUAUAAAAACAGUUCCUAGUAGUUUCAAGACUAGACCAAUUCAGCCUGUAAAUACCAUUGUUUGAGACCUGGAGAACUCAGAAAUCAAUAAAAUGCAUAGAGCUUUUGA